AUGGGUAAAGUGCCAUUUGGGGUUCCAAGGGUUUUGUGGCUGGACCUCCCUAUGAGGGUGAGGUGCCACCUGCUUUCCUCCUUGAUUUUCAAAAUGGAGCCUUCAGUGGAAAAAGAUGAAAAGGGUAGAGUCUUUUGUCCGAUGGAUAUUCUUCCUAUAUUCAUGGAUUUCCUUCAGUCCCUGCCAUGGAACUCUGACAGAGAUAUCUGUGACCUUGUUGGUUUUACCAUGGCAUCCACUGAUCUCCCACCGAUUAUGAUGGACCAUCUUUAUUCUAUGGAUGACGAUCUUAAAGCAGGAGGACCCCUUUUGUCGCUUGAAAAAACCCAGGAGAAUCCUGUUGUUGGUGAUGAGCCACCACCUGAAACCAUUCCUGUAAUUGAACCUGCUUCCAUAUGUAGGUGUUGCAUUGAGAAAGGCCUGUUUCCAGCGGUUCCCCUAUUCUUCCAAUAUCCUUGUAGCAUCAGUAAGGGUUGGUCAGAGUGGGUUGACCGUGAGCUGCUAGAUCCAUCUACUUGCAACAUUUUGCGUUGGGCACAGGUACUUGAUGCCAUCUUUCUUUCCAAGUUAUGGGAUAUCUAUAUUGAAACAAAGAUGCUUCGCCAUGUGGUCAAGAGGUGGAGUGCUGCUACUCACACCUUUAUAUGUUCAUGGGGGGAAUUUACCCCCACUCUUGAAGACGUGGCCAACAUCUCCCGCCUCCCAAUCUACGGUGACCGGAGUCCUUUUGACAUCGCCCUUACUCCGGAAGAAAUGGACAAGCUUACGAUAGGGACCUUGCUGAUUGGCUGCAUUUAUAGCACUGUGGCUUGGACGGUGUUCUUGUGGGAAUGUCUCAAAGGACUAGAUAUAUAUCCACUCCCCUAUUUGUGUGCUAUGCAGCUGGCUGACUCGGGCAAAGGUUCCUUUAUGCCGGAUGGUCUCUCUUUAGUUUGCAGGUGGUUUAAGCGGAUGCAAAGGAAAGGCCAAAACUUUUUAAAGUUAUUCGAUAAUGUUGAAAACUUCAUCUUCCGCCCUUACGGCACCUUCGCAGAGGCAUUUACCUUUGUGCCCUUUUAUGCUGAUGUUGGUGAUACUGUUGAGGUUUCAGCAGUGAUACCGCAACAUGGCCGCUUCAGGAAGGUCUUUUGGAGCAAUGAUAAUGUGCCAAACAGCAGUGGGCCCCUUGUUUUAGCUGGUAGGGGGAGAGUUGGUGGCUUCACACGGAGCUAUCAAGCCUACUGGAACCGUUGCCUUACCUCUUUUCGUGAAUUCCAAUCUUUUGUUGGUGAUAGAUUGCCACCCACAACAGCUCGCCUUGCAGGUUUGGUGUCGGAAGAGAAAGCCAUCUCUUUAAGCCAAAAACGCAAUCUACCCUUUAUUUCUAAAAGUGGUGACAUUGUUGGGGAAUUUCCCAAAACGAGGCCAAAGCUGGGAACACAGAGUCCUCACAGUUCUGGGAAAGACACGACGUCGGUGUCUGGCAAACGAAGGCGGGAAGAGAAGCAAAGUGUAGGGAAGGAGCAGACUACCGGUAAACCUAGAAAGUUCAUUCCAAAGGUGGCACCAAGUGCCCUCCUCGAACUAGAGAAGCAACUCCCCGAGGGCGUCCACAGCCUUCGAAGCCUGCUGUAUCUGAGAGCCAGGGCCGUGUUGGCAAGGCGCUGGAAACCACCCCUCUUCGCAAUAAGAAAAAUGGGUACCACUCCAAAGAGGAAGAUAAGUGAUACACCUUCCGUGUUCCCACAUGUGACUCCAAAAUGUUGUAGCAUGCGUAUCCUAAAUGCAAGGUUCACUAGAGCUCACACAAGCGAAAGCGGAGCUUCUGGAGCUAGAACGGUGGUGACCAUUGAUGAUGACAGUGAUGAUGGUGAUACCACCAAGACUGAGGCUAGUGUUCCAAAGCAAGAGGACAUUGGUGACAUUGAUAGUGUUGAGUCGGUCGCCAAUAUCUCCGAAGGCUUGCACCUUGCUGCAGCCAUUGUUGACCCUGCACAGAAUGCCCAGGAGGGACCUCUCCGAGGCAAAACUUUUUCCUUCCAUGGGACGUUGCCCACUCCAUCCCACAUUCAGUCACUUCUUCAUAGGCCAGAGUCUAGCUCCCUAACGUCUCUUUCGGCGAUUUCAUUUGGUGAAACAUCUGCCGAUGAGGAAGCUCGUGUUAAUGAUACUACUGCCGGGAUCGUUUCUGCAGAGUGCCGAUUUAGCAUGUCUUGGCUGGAGUGGGAGAAUUCCUUUAUUGCAUUCAGUGCCUGCUUUGAUGGUGGUGUUCAAGUCCUUCGAUCAGCAGAUGAGCUCCUGCCACUUUGUCACCGAUUUAACGGCUAUGCAACAUUCUGGGGAGCUCUUGUUUAUCCCGAGACGGUUGCAGCCCUAGAGAAAUUCAUGGACAAAUAUGGUGAUUUCAUGGACAUGACUGGUAUUACCUAA